GGGGCUCGAGGAGGAAGUGAAGGAAAACAAGAACCACCAAAAAGAAAAGGAAAACAAUAGAAGACAUAACCAAAACAAAAAAGAGACAAAAGAACAAAAUACAAAAUGAAAGUCUAAAUGCACCAGACACAUCGUUAUUAAGUCCUGUUGCUACCCAAACAAAAAACAGGCCUCCACAAAAAGAAUAUCUACUGCUUGGUGACAAAGGGUGGACUGGACUAGGCUGGCUGAGUGGCUGAGAUGGGCUGGCUGAUGGCUGGAUGGCUGACUGAAAGGCUGUGCUGGACUGGAUCGCGGGGUUGGAUCGCUCACUGGCUGGCUGGAAGUUCACACACAGAGUCACCAAUUCACAUAUUUUCUUCCAACCGCCAUGUACUCACUCCUCUUCGCCUCCAGCUACACAAAACUCCACCUAAGACACUCCCGAGACUUUGAUCCGUGUAUGCGCUCGUGUCAGGAGGCUUGGCGAGGAUGCGGCGAGGAGGUGCAAGGCGAUAUAAACGGCCGAUGGUAACCGAGGAAGCGGAAAUCGCCUUCAGCCGGCCGGACCAGUGACGCCACACAGUUGACGUUCCUCCUCGCGCGCGCUGCCGCCUCCGCAACCUUACCUGCCCGCCGGUCCGCCCAUCCGCCCACCUGUUCGCCCGCCCUCACGCCCUUGUUUAUUGUUUACACUCUUGCUCCUUGUGAUUUAAAGGUCGACAGUCUCAAGGCGGCGCCAGGGUCAGGUGUUAGCCCGCCCCCCUGCCCCGCCCCGCCCCACCCCGGCCCCCUCUGUCGCCCUUGCCCCGUCACAGAGCAACAAGAGGGUGCCUACUAACUAACCCGCCCCGUCGCACCCCCCCCAAACCCUGCCCGGUGUAUACAGAUUGUGGCCCGGACGAAUCCAGUCUCCCCGCACGCUGUUCUCUUCGUAACCUGCGUUUGUGUGUGAGUUUGCGUUCGUGUGAGUUCGUGUUUGUGUGUGUGUUCGUGUUCGUCCGGUGGUGUCUUGCGUGUGCGUGCGGGGUUCGUGCGUGCGUGCGUGCGUGGGCUUCUACUUCGCCUGCUUCUUCGGGAGGGAACUUUGGAGCAUCUCAGUGACUUUGGACGCGUUUCUGAGCCUCCGCCGCGAUGGUUCUCUUGUGGACGCAGCACGAAGGGGAGAGGGUGGAGCCGCAGCCCACCGACACCCAGGUCCAGGAGCCGCGCAAGGACGGGGCGGUCAACGGCGGCGUGAACGGAGGUGUGGGCGUGAACGGGGCCGCCUCACACACCCCGCGCCACCCCCGAACCAAGGACAAGCACCCCGGGGAAGCUUCAGGCGCCAAGGGAAGGCCCAGCACCAGCGCCUCCAACGAUGGGCCACGCGUCACUCCGCCGUCAGAGAAGCAUGUUGUCACCCUCCGUCAGGUCUCCGAAGUCCUUGAUGCCACAAAGAGCAGCUUCACGACCCCAGCUUCCUCUCCUACAUCCUCCUCCUCCAUCUCAACUACCCCGCCCUCCUCCUCCAUCUCUCCCAUAGCCGCCAGCACACCCAUGGAGGCUGUGGUGGAGGUGGAGAGGGUGGAGGCCAGUGGAUCAGGAGUCGCAAAGGUGGAGAAGUUGUCUAAGAUGUCCACACUUGGUCCACUCAUCCGUCUGCCGCUGGAUGAAGAGGAUGAGGAGGUGGAGGAAGAGGAAGUGGACGGGGCCAAGAAGAAGAAGAGUAGUAAGAGGAAGUUCUACACGCUGCCGAGGAACUGGAGGAGCAAGGCGGCCGACUUCAUCCUGACGAAAGGUAGAGUGAGAGAGAGAAAACCUGUCGGGGUGGUUGUGGUGGUGGUAGUGGUGGUGGUGGUAGUGGUGGUGGUGGUGGUGAUGGGGGUUAUUAUUUUUUUCUUUAUCCUUAGUUCUUUGCCCUUUUCCUGCUCCUCCUUCCUUCGUUCUUCUUGGUUUCCUCCUCUUCCUCUUCUUCCUCCUUCCUUCGUUCUUCUUGGUUUCCUCCUCCUCCUCUUCUUCCUCCUCCUCCUCCUCAAUUUUCUCCGAUUUUCUUUCUUCACUUCUCAUAUAUAUCAUCCUCCCUCCCCCCCUCUCUCCCUCUCUCCCUCCCUCCAUCUGUUAUAUUCCUUGUUUUUCCUUCUAUCCUUCCCUCUUUCCUUCCAUCUCUUUCUUCGUCCCUCUCUCUCCCUCCUUUUGCUGUCCCCUCCAUUUAUCUUCCUCCUUUCCUCCUUCCUCCCUCCAUCCCUCCCUUCCUCACGCCCGCGAAGGGAGGCGAGGCGUGCACGGCCGGGACCUUGAGAGGGAGGCAAGGAGGGAGGGAAAACCAGAGGGAGAGAAGGGGGGGAAAGGGACAGAGGGAGGGAGGGGGAGGGGGAGGGAGAGCUGCAAACAGGCUUACCGUGACGAAAUUUCUCCGUCUUUUCCUCCUUCACCUGUUCCUCCUCCUCCUCCUCCUCCUCCUCCUCCU